UCUUCCUCUACUGCUUUCACACACAGAACCAGGAAGUAACUCCUCAUUUCAGAGAAAACAAACUGAUCUCUCUCUCUCUCUCUCUCUCUCUCGUUGUGAGUUCAGGAAAAUGGCCGAGGCCAGUAUUUCAGUAGCUCAGGACCAGUUCAUGUGUCCAGUGUGUCUGGAUCUCCUGAAGGAUCCGGUGGCUAUCCCCUGUGGUCACAGUUUCUGUAAGGUGUGUAUUAAUGGCUGCUGGAAUCAGGAGGAUCAGAAGGGCGUCUACAGCUGUCCUCAGUGCAGAGACACUUUCACGACAAGGCCUGUUCUACGCAGAAACAACAUGCUGGAUGAAGUGGUGGAGAAACUGAAGAAGACUGAAGUCCAAGCUGCUUCUCCUGCUCACUGUUACGCUGGACCUGGAGAUGUGGAGUGUGAUUUCUGCACCGGGAGAAAACACAAAGCUGUCAAGUCCUGUCUGAUGUGUUUGGCUUCUUAUUGUGAAAUUCAUCUGAAACCUCACUAUGAAGUUUCUUCAUGGAAAAAACACACAUUAAUUGAAGCCUCAGAAAAACUCCAAGAGAAGAUCUGCUCUGAACAUGAUGAAGUGCUGAAGAUCUACUGUCGUACUGAUCAAAUAUGUAUUUGCUCUUUGUGCAUGUUGGAUAAACAUAAAGACCAUGACGCUGUUUCAGUUGCAGCAGAAAGAGCUGAGAAACAGAGUGAGUUAAAGGAGGAGCAGAUGAAAUCCCAGCAGAGAAUCCAGGAGAAGCAGAAGAAGGUGCAGGAGCUGAAACAGGCUGUGAACACUAUAAAGCUCAGUGCACAGACAGCAGUGGAGGACAGUGAGAGGAUCUUUACUGAGCUGAUCGGCUCCAUGGAGAAAAAGCGCUGGGAGGUGACGGAGCUGAUCAGAGAUCAGGAGAAGGCUGAACUGAGUCGAGCUGAACGACUCCUGGAGCAACUGGAGCAGGAGAUUGCUGAUCUUCAGAGGAGAGUCACUGAGCUGGAGCAGCUUUCACACACACACGAUCACAUCCAUUUCCUCCAGGUAACACUCACUGUCUGAUCUACAGAGCCAGCU